GAGGUGAAGCUCUGACGAUGGAGAAUGGACAAGGCACAGGCUCCAAGCUUGGCCUACCGCCUCUCACCCCAGAGCAGCAGGAGGCACUACAGAGGGCGAAGAAGUAUGCCAUGGAGCAAAGCAUUAAGAGUGUGUUGGUGAAGCAGACCAUAGCCCAUCAGCAGCAGCAACUCACCAACCUGCAGAUGGCAGCAGUGACAAUGGGCUUUGGAGAUCCUCUCUCACCUUUACAAUCGGUGGCAGCCCAGCGGCAGCGCGCGCUAGCGAUCAUGUGUCGGGUGUAUGUGGGCUCCAUAUACUAUGAACUGGGUGAGGACACCAUCAGGCAGGCUUUUGCUCCCUUCGGCCCGAUCAAGAGCAUUGACAUGUCUUGGGAUUCGGUUACAAUGAAACACAAGGGGUUUGCUUUUGUGGAGUAUGACGUGCCAGAGGCUGCUCAGCUGGCUCUGGAGCAGAUGAACUCUGUCAUGUUGGGAGGACGAAACAUCAAGCGGGAUGCCCAGCGGCGCAUGGCGUCGCUCUAUACUCUCAGUUUGCUGAUGAUGGGCUGCGUCUGGUUGGUUGGGCGGCCAAGUAACAUCGGUCAGGCGCAACCCAUCAUUGACCAGCUUGCAGAGGAGGCGCGCGCCUAUAACCGGAUCUACGUGGCAUCUGUCCACCCUGACCUGUCAGAUGAUGACAUCAAAAGUGUGUUUGAAGCUUUCGGGCGGAUCAAGUCUUGCACAUUAGCCAGAGACCCCACCUCAGGGCGACACAGAGGCUUUGGCUUCAUCGAGUAUGAAAAGCCUCAGUCAGCCCUGGAUGCUGUGUCUUCUAUGAACCUCUUUGACCUGGGGGGUCAGUACCUACGGGUUGGCAAAGCAGUGACUCCGCCCAUGCCCUUACUGACCCCCACCACCCCCGGUGGGCUGCCGCCGGCUGCAGCUGUGGCUGCAGCGGCAGCCACCGCUAAGAUAACGGCCCAGGCAAGUAUGAAUCCCUUCCAAAGGGAUUUAAUGGCCUUCCAGGGUUACUCCAGUGUGGACAGGCAGUGGUUAGCUGUGGAUCUGGAGGCUGUAGCUGGUGCGUCAGUCUUGGGAGCGUUGGCGGCGCCCCAACUUCUCAGUCAGCAAAUGGGCAUCCCUCAGGCUGUAAUGGCCGCCCAGGCACCAGGUGUCAUCACAGGUGUGACUCCAGUGCGUCCUUCCAUACCAGUGAUUCCCCAAGUCGGUUUAGUGAACCCAGUGCUUGCAUCCCCACCAGUCCUGUCUAACCAAGUAGGUAGCGCCAGUCAGCAAGAGAAAAAGGAGGAGAAAGAGGAGCUGCUCCAGGAUGGCACAGGGCAGGAGAUGCUGAGUGACCAGGAGCACAUGAGCAUCUCGGGCAGCAGUGCCAGACACAUGGUGAUGCAGAAGCUGCUCCGAAAGUCAGAGUCCACAGUGAUGGUGCUCCGAAACAUGGUCGGGCCGGAAGACAUUGACGACGACCUGGAGGGAGAGGUGACGGAGGAGUGUGGGAAGUUCGGCACGGUCAACAGAGUCAUCAUUUACCAGGAAAAGCAAGGGGAGGAGGACGACGCCGACAUCAUAGUCAAGAUCUUUGUAGAGUUUUCCAUGGCCUCGGAGAUGAACAAAGCCAUCCAGGCCCUCAACGAUCGCUGGUUCGGUGGUCGCAAAGUGGUUGCAGAGGUGUACGAUCAAGACCGUUUUAACAGCAGCGACCUCUCUGCGUAAAAUGUCUGAAAUGGGGCCCCGCGUCCACCCCCCGUCACCCAGCCAUUUCAGCCAUAGUCACUGCAGCUAAAGAUGAGGGCCUCCAAAACUUGUAAUUAUGUUUUUAUCUUUCUUUUUUUUAAACACUGUUGAUAUUAAUGUUAAAAGCUCCAUCGGGGAGAGGGGUCAUUGAGAUAUUUGUCAGAUUUUUGCUUUGUGAUCUGUGAAAACUCCCUUUUGGUGCAACUUUAAAAAAUUUUGUUUUGUAAUCCAUCUCGUAAAAUGUUUAGUUUUUCCUGCUUUAGCUCCUUCUUUUUCUGCUGUGAACUUGCCAAGACAUGUAAACACUUGUUUCUACAAUAAAAGGUUAUUGUUUGUCCACAAAAA